AUGUCAAACUUCCGUAGCUUCAAAAUAAGAGAGACAUCACUUUGCAUGUACUGUGACAUCGUAGAAGAUAGGGUGGAACAUACGUUGUUCAUAUGUCCAAGGUGGCAAGAGCAACGCAAUAAAGCUGAGCAAUUAAUAGGCAACACACUGACAAUACAAAACAUCGUGCAGCUGAUGCUAGAAUCCGAUAGAACUUGGAGCUGCGUUUCAGAACUCUCAAGAUCGAUCCUGACAGAUGAACAACAACUAAAAACCAGAGGAAAAAUCCCCGGUUACGACCUUCUGGGAGCCACUUACCAUCACGCUUAUGGCAAUGCCACAUACGCUCGACGCAGCAUUGAAAAUGCCCAUCUCAUAUCCUGUAGCACACAGAACAACAUUCACUCCGUUGUAACAAAGAUUGGAGAUAUACAUAUAACAAACAUUUACAAGCCUCCAAAAAUGCUUUGGCCACCACAGGUUACAGACUGGCGCCCACACCCAGCUGUCUACCUAGGAGACUUUAAUAGUCACAACCAGGAAUGGAAAUAUAGCAAAAACGACGAAAAUACUCUGGUGGUUUGGGCAGAGAGAAACCAACUUUUUCACGUUUUCGAUGCUAAAGCCAAGGGCACCUACAGGUCCGCUGCGUGGAAGCAGGAAUACAACCCUGAUUUGUGCUUUGUGACAAGAGACCAGUACCAUAAACCUGUACCAACUAGAAGAAAAGUGCUCGACAACUUCCCUCAUAGCCAGCAUAGACCCAUUAUUUACGAAAUAGGUAUCCAAGUUCCACUAAUCACAUCUGUCCCUCGACCACGCUGGAAUUUUGGCAGAGCUAACUGGACCUCCUUUGCCAUUGAGCUUGACAAGUGCCUCCGCUGGAUUCCACCGACGCACAAAAAUUACGAUAGGUUCAUUGGUGCCGUCAUCUCUUCUGCUAAGAAACAUGUUCCAAGGGGCUAUCGCAAAGAGUACGUUCCUGGUUGGAACGAAAAUAGCGACCGUCUCUACCAACAACUCCUUGACAGCGGCGACGGUGAGAUAGCAGAUGAACUCCUCCACAGCCUGGACAAAGCUAGAAGGGAUAAAUGGACAAGCACAGUCGAGUCACUGGACUUCAAAAAAUCGAGCCGCAAAGCGUGUCGCCUCCCACAUAGUCAAUACUUCAGGGGGAAAAGCAUCAAGCAAUUCACGACUAACAUUAAGAAGCAGCUGAAGCACCUAAAACUGACCAGCCCGAAAGAAUCAACAUUCUCCUGCCCCUUUACUAUAGAGGAAGUGAACACAGCAAUCAAAGCCACAAAGAGCGGCAAAGCACCUGGACUGGAUGGCGUCCACCCAGAGUUUUUGAUACACUGUGGAAAGUCAGCAAGAACAUGGUUGUCGAAUUUUUACACCAGUAUAUUACAAUCAGGACAAAUCCCAAAAAAGCUGAAACAAACCAACAUAAUUGCAAUCCUAAAGCCUGGAAAAGCUGCCGACAAGCCGGAAAGCUACCGCCCCAUUGCACUGCUGAAUGCAAUAUAUAAACUUCUUGAACGACUUGUUCUUGAUAGAAUCAACCCAGUACUGUCCUGCCACAUCCCAAUAGAGCAGGCAGGAUUUCGACCAGGGCGCAGCACAACAGACCAAGUUUUAGCUCUUACAACUUACAUAGAAGGUGGCUACCAAAGGAAACUGAAGACCUCAGUGGCAUUUAUAGACUUGACGGCAGCAUACGACACGGUCUGGAAGGAUGGUCUGCUCUUCAAAUUGCUAAAAGUAAUCCCAUGCAAAACAAUAUAUCGAUUAAUGAACAACAUGCUUAGUAGUAGAUGCUUCGCGGUCUCCAUGGGAAGUGCAAAAAGCUCUAAUAGGACCCUAAACAACGGACUUCCACAAGGAUCUGUACUCGCCCCAACUUUAUUUAACCUGUACAUAUCAGAUAUGCCACCUACCCAAAGUCAAAAAUUCGGGUAUGCGGAAGAUUGGGCAAUUGCAACCAGGGACAAGUCAAUGAAAACUACCGAGCGCGUACUCACAGAGUACCUUGCGACACUAGGGGAAUUCUUUAGGUCGUGGCGACUUAAGCCGAAUCCGAACAAGACAGAG